AUGAUGACGAGCAUGCGUGGAGGUUUAGUGGGAUCCAUUUAUGCCAGAGUUCUCAAUCACAAGCAGGCGUUUGGCGCUGGAGCCAAUACUCUGACUCUUAUGAGCACUGAUGUGGACCGCAUUGUCACGGGCGUCCAGAAUGUCAAUGAGAUUUGGGCUGCUAGUAUUGAAAUUGUUAUAGCCUUUGUUCUUAUGGCUCUGCGAAUUGGCUAUCCGUCUGUUGCUGCCUUUGCAUCGUUGGAUGCUUUCAUCGCUCCAAAAUUGCGAGAAAAGCAGCGGCUCUGGGUACAGGCUGUAUAG